AUGACCGACGUGCUUGACCGUGGUGUCAAGUUAUCCAACGACAACGAACGUGACUACAAUCAUGCGACAGACUCUGAAUACAAAAGAUUGCGUGCCAAGGCCGAUGAGUAUUACAAGAAAAGAAAUGCGUUGAGCCAACAAUCACAAGCUGCAUAUAAGCAAAAAGAUGGUCAAAGAGCACACGAGUUGAGUGAAGAGCUGAAAAAGGCCUUGGCCCAAGCUGAACAGUAUAGUCAACAAGCUGCCGAGUAUGUCUUUCGCGAAAACAAUGCCGACUCUGCAGCGGAUGAGAUUGACUUGCAUGGACUAUAUGUGAAAGAAGCGGAAUGGAUAUUGAAAGUUCGCUUAAAGCAAGCUAUAUCAACAAACCAGAGUCACUUAAAGGUCAUUGUUGGAAAGGGGUUGCACUCACAGAAUGGUAUAGCCAAGUUGAAACCCGCGGUCGAUCAGCUUUGUGACGAGACUCGUUUGAAGCAUUACAUUGACCCAAAGAAUAGUGGUGUCAUGAUUAUUGAGUUGAAUGGGGAGGAUGCCUCGAAUAUACCGACCGGGUGGGGAUCGGGAACUAUUACACAACCACAACAAGCCUAUCAUGGAAAUAACCAGCCUCACUACCAACAACAACACCAACAACAACAACAACAACAACAGCUGCAAUACCAGCAACAACACCACCAAAACCAAAACCAAAACCAAAACUUCAAAACAGGUAAUCAACUUCUUGACCUUCUUCUCAAAGGUCUUUGUAUGUGUAUCAAUAGCAAGUAG